UAAAAAUUAUAUUUGACAUUCCAAUGAACCGGCCAUGUUGGAGUUUCUAACCAUCAUCAACAUGAGACAUAUGCACACAUUUUUAUCACGAGUGUCUGGAGCUGUCUAAAGUAGUCUAAAGUAAAAGUCAUUAAUCCAGAAAUUAAUGAAUUCAUGAGAUAAAGAAAGUUUAUUUAAAUAGUUCAAUAUGCCAAAAGCAGAUAAACAAAUGGAUACUGUUACUGAAAAAUUAACAGACAUGUCUGUUGAUGAUGCAGGUGUUAAAAAAAUGUCCCAUAAGGAAAAGAAAAAAAUGAAGAAAAAGCAGGAAUAUGAACAGACAGUUGAAAAAAUGACAAAACUUGGUGGACAGGGACAUAGUGACUUGGAUUCAAAUUUUACAGCAUCACAAAGUCAAACUCAACAACGUGGUGGACAACAAUUAGAUAAUGCUGUUGAUAUUAAAGUUGAAAAUUUUACAAUUGCUGCUAAGGGUAAUGAACUUUUUACAAAUGCAAAUUUAUUAAUUGCACAAGGUAGACGUUAUGGUCUUGUUGGUCCAAAUGGACAUGGUAAAACAACACUACUACGACAUUUAGAAAAAAGAGUAUUUGCUAUUCCUCCAAGUAUUGAUAUAUUGUAUUGUGAACAAGAAGUUGUUGCUGAUGAUACACCAGCUGUUGAAAAUGUAUUGAAUGCUGAUGUUAAAUGUCGUAAGCUACAAGAUGAAUGUAAAAAAUUGGAGGAGCUUAUGGAAAAAGGUGAUGAGACUGUACAAGAUAGAUAUCAAGAAGUAUGUGAUGAAUUAAAAGCAAUUGGUGCUGAAUCAGCUGAAGCAAGAGCCAGAAGAAUAUUGGCUGGUCUUGGUUUUAGUAAAUCAAUGCAAAAUCGUGCAACUAAAAAUUUUUCUGGUGGUUGGAGAAUGCGUGUAUCAUUAGCACGUGCAUUAUUUUUAGAGCCAACAUUAUUGUUACUUGAUGAACCAACAAAUCAUUUAGAUUUAAAUGCUGUUAUUUGGCUUGAUAAUUAUCUUCAAGGAUGGAAAAAAACAUUGCUUAUUGUUUCUCACGAUCAAAGUUUUCUUGAUAAUGUUUGUACUGAUAUUAUUCAUGUUGAUCAACAAAAAUUAUUUUAUUACAAGGGUAAUUAUACUAUGUUUAAAAAAAUGUAUGAACAAAAAAAACGUGAAAUGAUAAAAGCAUAUGAAAAACAAGAAAAAAGAAUUAAAGAUUUAAAAGCACAUGGACAAAGUAAAAAAGCUGCUGAAAAAAAACAAAAAGAAGCUCUUACAAGAAAACAAGAAAAAAAUCGUACAAAAAUACAGAAGCAAGAAGAAGAUACUGGACCACAAGAACUUUUACAAAAAUUCAAAGCAUAUGUUGUUAAAUUUGAUUUUCCUGAUCCACCACCACUUCAACCACCAAUUCUUGGUUUAAAAGGUGUUACAUUUGGUUAUGAAGGCCAAAAACCUUUAUUUAUUGAUGUUGAUUUUGGUAUUGAUUUAUCAUCACGUGUUGCUAUUGUUGGACCAAAUGGAGUUGGUAAAUCUACAUUUUUAAAAUUACUUGUUGGUGAUUUGACACCACUGGAAGGUGAACUUUGUCGUAAUCAUAGAUUGAGAAUUGGAAGAUUUGAUCAACAUUCUGGUGAGCAUUUAACUGCUGAAGAAACACCAUCUGAAUAUCUUCAACGUUUAUUUGAUUUACAAUAUGAAAAAGCAAGAAAACAACUUGGUACAUUUGGUCUUAGCUCACAUGCACAUACAAUUAAAAUGAAAGAUUUAUCAGGUGGACAAAAAGCACGUGUUGCACUUGCUGAACUUUGUUUAAAUGCACCAGAUGUUGUUAUUCUUGAUGAGCCAACUAAUAAUCUUGAUAUUGAAUCAAUUGAUGCACUUGCUGAUGCAAUUAAUAAUUACAAGGGUGGUGUUAUCAUUGUGUCUCACGACGAACGACUCAUCAGAGAUACUGACUGUAAUUUAUAUGUUAUUGAGGAUCAAACAAUCAAUGAAACUGGUGGUGACUUUGAUGAUUACAGAGAAGAACUUCUUAAAAGUCUUGGUGAAGUAAUAAACAGUCCAAGCAUUGCUGCAAAUGCUGCUGUUGAACAAUGAUUAAUCUAAUUGAUCUAUAGUUUAAUUAAAUAUUUAACAAAUUGCCUUGCAAAUUAGAAACAACAAAGAUUUUUUCAACUAUAUUUUUUAACACUUGAUAGAAAAGAAUUUUAAAAAUUCUGAUAAUAUUUUAAUUGUAAAUUGACAGUAAUAAUAAUAAAAUAAUGAUGAAAGUUAAUGAUUCAAUGAUAUAAAUAAUAAAGAAACUUGCAAAACAAAUUUAAUAAAAAAAAGUUGAUCAAGUUAAUAAAAUAUGAUAAUAAUAUAAAGUUGGCAUAAAUUAUUGUGUUAAAAAUAGAGAUUGAAUUAAAAAAAAUGUAUGUAAUAUAAUAUGUUGAAUAUUUUUAAUAUAGUGUGUGUUGAAAAAAUUAGUUUUUACAAUUUGUAAUUGAAUAUGGACAAUUGAGGGUAAAAAUAAUUGUUCCAUACAAAAAAUUAUUUAAGAAAGUAUUUUUAUUAUUGAACUUUGUUUUACAAAAAUAUUAACAUUGACAUUUGAAUUUUUAUGAUUUCAAUUAAUAUAAAAAACAAGUUAUAAUAAUAAUCUUCUUUCACUAUGUCUUUGACUUGGUAACGUACUUUGUAGGUGUUUUUGAGAAUACAUUAUGGAAGAAUAUUGAAAAUUAUUCAAUUAAAAAUAAAAUUGUUAUCGUGUGACAAAAAUUCGAGAUGCGAAGCUUCCUUAGUACAUUUCAUGAAUAUUUUCAACCAACAACCAUUGAGAUUUAAUUGACUUAGAAGCUUUUAUUAUUGAUGAAGUGCUUGUUCUUAUGUGUAAAAUGAUACCAUUUGUACGAUUUUUAGUUGCCUGAUCAGCAGCAAUAACCAUGUCAAUUGUAAUAUU